AAUAUUGUAUCAAGUAAUAAAGCCAUGGGUUCCAUUUGGAAAAUCGAAUCGAAACCCCACGUGGUGUGCAUACCCUACCCGGCGCAGGGCCACGUCAACCCCAUGCUCAAGUUAGCCAAGCUCCUCCACCACAGCGGCUUCUUCGUCACCUUCGUCAACACCGAGUACAACCACCGCCGCCUCAUCAACUCCCGCGGCCCCUCCGCAGUCGCCGGCCUGCCCGACUUCCGCUUCGAGACCAUCCCCGACGGGCUGCCGCCCUCCGAUGCCGACGCCACUCAGGACAUUCCCUCGCUCUGCGUCUCCACCACCACCACCUGCUUGGAGCCCUUCUGCGACCUCAUCGCCAAGCUCAACGCAUCCGGCGCGGGGGUUCCUCCGGUCAGCUGCAUCGUCUCCGACGGCGUCAUGAGCUUCACGCUGAAGGCGGCGGAGCGGUUGGGGCUGCCUGAGGUGCUGUUCUGGACCACCAGCGCCUGCGGUCUCCUGGCGUAUGUGCACUAUAAGGAUCUCGUGGAGAAGGGAUAUACACCUCUUCAAGAUAUGAGCCAAGUGACAGACGGGUAUCUGGAGACUAGAAUCGACUGGAUUCCAGGAAUGAAAAACAUGAGACUACGCGACAUGCCAAGUUUCAUCAGAACCACAGAUAGCGAAGACACCAUGCUCCAAUUCCUGAUCCAAGAAGCCGCCGCAAUCCCAAGAGCCAAAGCCUUGAUCCUCAACACCUUCGACUCCCUGGAGCACGACGUUCUCUGCGCACUCUCAGCCCGGUUCCCGAGUGUCUACACCGUAGGCCCUCUGCAGCUGAUGAUGAACCACAUCCACGACGACACCCUGAAGCCCUUCACUUCCAGCCUCUGGAAAGAGGAGGCCGAAUGCAUCGAGUGGCUCCACACCAUGGCGCCCCAGUCAGUAGUCUACGUCAACUUCGGCAGCAUCACCGUCAUGACCGCUGAUCAAAUGACCGAGUUCGCCUGGGGGCUGGCCAACAGCAAGAAGCCAUUCCUGUGGAUCAUUAGGCCGGAUAUCGUGGCCGGGGAGUCAGCCAUGCUUCCUGCUGAGUUCGUGGCGGAGACCAAGGAUAGAAGCAUGCUGGUGAGCUGGUGCCCGCAGGAGCAGGUGCUGAGCCACCCGGCCAUUGGGGGGUUUUUGACGCAUGCGGGGUGGAACUCCACUCUGGAGAGCGUGGUGGGCGGGGUGCCGGUUAUAUGCUGGCCUUUCUUCGCGGAGCAGCAGACGAAUUGUCGGUACAGCUGCGUGGAGUGGGGGACGGGGAUGGAGAUUGACAACAAUGUGAAGAGAGAUGAGGUGGAGUUGCUGGUGAGAGAGAUGAUGGAUGGGGAUAAGGGAAAGGAGAUGAAGAGGAAUGCUUUGGAGUGGAAGAGGAAAGCAGAGGAGGCUGCUGCGCCUCAUGGCUCUUCCUUUUUGAAUUUGCACAAAUUUAUCAAGGAAGAGCUCUUGCAUUAAUGAUUAACGUAUCUUGGAUUUUGGUUAUGAUUUCGUUUUCUAGUUUCUUUGAAGAAAUAAUAUUGUAAGCACAUUGUUUGUUGAUUGAUUAAUGAAAAAUGAGCUAUGUCUUGUGUUUCUA